CUGUUCCCCAUCUCUCGAUCAAGGCAGGCAGUGUGCAGAGUAGCAGAAGCAGCAACACUCUGACAGUCGUUACAGGAAGGUUAGUGUGCAUUACCUCCGGCUCAACAAACAGAUCCUCCUGCACUUCCUGAUAGAAAAGCCCCACCCAGGUCUGUCACAUCUGAGGACCUGAUUGAAGACACGACAGCGGCAGGGACAAUCUGUUCCAGCGGGCCCGCUCCUCGCCGCUCUGACCUCGGUGACCUCGCCGAGGCUCUUCCUGUCACGGAGUCGGAGCUGCCAUGUUGGAUCCUGGGAGGGGCGUGAAUGAGCCGGACACACUGUCACAUUCAUUAACACCUCCAUCUGUCGACACAUACACACACACGCAGACAGCGCUGUGUCGCCCCCUGCUGGCCAGUUUGAAGACAACACUCAGUUUCCACAUGCCGUCCCGCUGCGUGUUGACGACCACCAGCAGGUGAAAAUAGACGGGGCAAACACGGAAAGCAGCUGCCGAGAGCUUUGGCGCCAUGAAGGAGUUCCUGUUCCUCGUCCUGGCAGUGACGGAGGCGUCCUCCAGGUCUCGCGGCAGCUGGUGUGAGCCAGGCUGCGACUGUCGAGGUGAUCUGAAGUUCACCAUCUGCUCCCGGGCGCUCUUCGCCCAGCUGCCCACCAGAGUACCCCCCAACACCGAGCUCCUGGACCUGUCCGACAACCAAAUCUCCGCCAUCCCCGAACGCUCCUUCGCCAAGACCCGCAAGCUCCGAAUCCUGCUGCUGCAGAACAACAACAUCAGCGUGGUGGAGGACGCCGCCUUCUCCCACAUGGAGUUCCUUCAGAAACUGGACCUGAGCUGGAACCGCAUCUCUGCCCUGACGGAGGGUUUCUCCGCCGGCCUGGCUGUCCUGAAGGAGCUGCAGCUCGCCCACAACCGCCUGACGAGCCUGGACAGCCGCAGCUUCCUGCACCUGGAUGCCCUCCAGCGGUUGAACCUGACCGCCAACGGCAUCCGCACCAUCCAGGUGCGAUCGUUCUCCGCCAUGAGCAGCCUGCGGCAGCUCCACCUCCGGGACAACCGGCUGACGUCGCUGCGGAGCGGGACGUUCUCCAUGCUGCGCUCCCUGGAGGUCCUCAACCUGGCUGGGAACCUGAUCGGCGAGAUGGAGACGGGCGUCUUCAGGCCGCUCGCCAGCGUGACGCUGCUCAACCUGGCCCACAACCGGAUGUCCACCGUCGACUUCAAGGCGUUCCUUGGCAUCCACGCGUACAGCGCCCACAUCCUGCUGGAGGGGAACCCGUGGAACUGCGACUGCGACCUGCAGAGGGUUUUCCGGAAGCUGCGGAGCAUCCAGAGGCUCUUCCUGGACGACUACUACAACCUGACCUGCGCGGAGCCGGCGGUCCUCAGGGACUACCGGCUGACGGACGUGGACGCGGAGCUGUGCCUCGCCGAGACGGUCACCGUGCUCGUCAUCACCAUCACAGUGGUGAUAACGGUGCUGGCCGCCAUGCUGAUGGGCGAGAGGAAGAGGAAGAAGGAGAAGAAGAGGAAGCACUGGACGCAGCAAGGACAGCUUUCCGACGAGUCGGACUACUGAUGCGCGUCCUUCUUUCUUUUGUUUCCUUCUCAAAUAUAUGACCGAAACGCAAUGUUACAUGCUGGCACAGUUAGACAAGAUUAAA